AUGAGAAUAGUACCAGUGCCAAACCAGAGCGACAACUACGCGUACUUGAUUAUAGACGAGGCGGGGAAGAAAGCAGCGUCUGUGGAUCCUUAUGCAGUGGACAAGGUGUUGGCUGCAGCGAAAGCCGAGGGUGUGGAAUUAGCAGCGAACAUUAGCACACACCAUCAUAACGACCACACUGGUGGUAACAUGGAGCUGCACAAGCAAUUACCCAACAUUCCCUUCUAUUCCGGCUCACAGAAGGCGCCAGCGACGACGAAUAUUGUGAGCCACGGGGAUGAAUUCAAAUUUGGCAGCUUGGAUGUUAGCUGCCACUCCACGCCAUGCCAUACGCAGGACUCUACUGCGUUUUUGGUCCACGACAAAUCAACUGGCCAAAAAGCAGUGUUUACGGGCGAUACGCUCUUCACCGCUGGCUGUGGCAGAUUCUUCGAGGGCACUGCUGCUGAGAUGCACAAAUCCCUCAAUGAAGUACUCGCAAAGCUGCCAUCGGAUACUGUUGUUUACAAUGGCCACGAGUACACGCGUGGAAACGUCAAAUUCGCCCUCACAGUCGAGCCAAAGAACGAGGCGUUGAGGAAGCUGGCUGAGGAUACGGCUGCAAAUUCGCAGACUGUGGGCAAAUACACUAUCGGCGACGAGCUUGCACACAAUCCAUUCAUGAGGGUGCAUGUGAGUGAGGUGCAAGAAGCCACCGGGGAGAAGGAAGGCGCGAAGGUUAUGGCAAAGCUACGUGAGAUGAAGAAUAAAGGUUAG